GUGCUGCUGCUGCUGCAGCCUGAGCAUCCGGGAGCCGCCGCCGCCGCCGCCGCCGCCGCCGCCGCCGCCGCCACCGCCACCGCCACCGCCACCGCCACUAGCGCUGCUUUCACAGCUGCCACCUCUUCUCCCCAGGACCCUGAGACACCCUAAACGCGAGCGGCGGUGCUGCUUGCUUGAUCCCCCUUUUCCCCACCCCUCCCCUCUGUGACCUACCCACUCCUUGCAGCCCUCGCCCGCACCUUCUCCGACACCCCGGCAUCCUUGCACCACCUGCUUGGGCAGCCCGGGCGAGCUCUGGGACUUGCUGAGCGCUCCGAGAGGAAGGCAAGCUCCAAACCCGUGCCCGGCAGACCGGUUGUCGCGUCUGCACCACUAGCAGGAGGAGGAAGAGGAGGAGAAGAAACUAUUUCGUCCAUUGAAAUCCUAUUUGCUGGUGCUUUGCCGUGCCGCUUCUGCUGCCGCCGAUCCGCGUCCGCGGGUUCGAACACCGCAGCGGCAGGGACCGUGGGUCCGGCGGGCACCGGGAGGAGGACACAAGAGGAGCCCUGCACUUGUGUGCCCUGCUCACCAGCAUCUCCUUGCCCCCUCGUUUCUUCCCCAGACCCUUAGUGAAGGGACCAUGAUUUGGAAACGCAGCGCCGUUCUCCGCUUCUACAGUGUCUGCGGGCUCCUGUUACAAGCUGCUGCUUCAAAGAAUAAAGUUAAAGGCAGCCAAGGGCAGUUUCCACUAACACAGAAUGUAACGGUUGUUGAAGGCGGAACUGCAAUUUUGACCUGCAGGGUUGAUCAAAAUGAUAACACCUCCCUCCAGUGGUCAAAUCCAGCUCAACAGACUCUGUACUUUGAUGACAAGAAAGCUUUAAGGGACAAUAGAAUUGAGCUGGUUCGCGCUUCCUGGCAUGAAUUGAGUAUCAGUGUCAGUGAUGUGUCUCUCUCUGAUGAAGGACAGUACACCUGUUCCUUAUUUACAAUGCCUGUCAAAACUUCCAAGGCCUAUCUCACUGUUCUGGGUGUUCCUGAGAAGCCUCAAAUUAGUGGAUUUUCAUCACCAGUUAUGGAAGGAGAUUUGAUGCAGCUGACUUGUAAAACAUCUGGUAGCAAACCUGCAGCUGACAUAAGAUGGUUCAAAAAUGACAAAGAAAUUAAAGAUGUAAAAUAUUUGAAAGAAGAGGAUGCAAAUCGCAAGACUUUCACUGUCAGUAGCACACUGGAUUUUCGAGUGGACCGGAGUGACGAUGGAGUAGCAGUAAUCUGCAGAGUAGACCAUGAAUCCCUCAAUGCCACCCCUCAGGUAGCCAUGCAGGUGCUAGAAAUUCACUAUACACCAUCAGUUAAGAUUAUACCAUCUACUCCUUUUCCACAAGAAGGACAGCCUUUAAUUUUGACUUGUGAAUCCAAAGGAAAACCACUGCCAGAACCUGUUUUAUGGACAAAGGAUGGUGGAGAAUUACCAGAUCCUGAUCGAAUGGUUGUGAGUGGUAGGGAGCUAAACAUUCUUUUCCUGAACAAAACUGAUAAUGGUACAUAUCGAUGUGAAGCCACAAACACCAUUGGCCAAAGCAGUGCAGAGUAUGUCCUCAUUGUACAUGAUGUUCCCAACACUUUGCUUCCCACUACUAUCAUCCCCUCCCUUACCACUGCAACAGUCACAACCACUGUAGCCAUAACAACCAGCACAACCACAUCUGCAACAACCAGCAGCGUAAGAGAUCCCAAUGCUCUGGCUGGCCAGACUGGCCCUGAUCAUGCUCUCAUAGGAGGGAUAGUGGCUGUAGUUGUAUUUGUCACACUCUGCUCUAUAUUUCUGCUUGGUCGAUAUCUGGCAAGACAUAAAGGAACAUAUUUAACAAACGAAGCUAAAGGAGCUGAAGAUGCACCAGAUGCUGACACAGCCAUUAUCAAUGCUGAAGGCAGCCAAGUCAAUGCCGAAGAGAAAAAAGAGUAUUUCAUUUAAAAUUCAGGCCACGAUUCUGAGUUUUACUUACCAGGCUGGCUGCUGAAGAAAACUGGCUAUCAUCUUUCAGAAAUCAUUUCUACCAUCUUCUGCUAUUUUUAUUAACUUCCAUACUGUACUGCUAUCAGUAGCCAGUGUAUACCAACAAUCAGCUGUCAAAAGCAUCAUUCUUUAAUUACUGUACCAUCCAUAAUGCAGGACAUUUCUUACUGCCUAAAUUUCACACCAUUGCUCUUUUAACAUACAGUGCUUGAAUAUACAGCCUUAACAAUGUUAAUUAUCUCCUUGAAUCAUGAUAUUGAGUUGUUUUUAUACAUUGAAAAAAAUGUAUGCAGAGUCCCUCCCUAUUUCUUUUAUUCUUUAAGUCACAGACUUUAUUGGUUUUUCACUGGACAGCUUUCACAAGUAACAGGAUUAGGUAAAGACCUAAUAUGCUUAAGUUUAAUUGAAGAUUAGAGGUUUACAAACAAUGUUUUCUACCUGUCUAUCUUCAAAGACAACAUGUUUUUGAAACAUAUGCCCUAGAAAACACAAACUGAGAACAAACACCGUAGCAUAGUUUCUGAAAUGUUUGAGAUUAUACUAGAAAUGCUGUAUCAAUUUGCUAUUUAAAAAUGUAGUAUUUGAUACAGGAGUCAUGUAUAUGGAUUGCAAUCAUGACAUGACAUCUUACAUAAUUACAUAGAUUCUACCAGUAGGUUAUUAUAGCUUCAUUUACUGAUAAAUUGUUCCAAACAUUUAACUGCUUUGAGAAUCACAAAGAUUUCUUUCAUUUCUCAAUUUGAUUCUAUAAUUUAUUUGCUCCAUAAGGACUCACCUGCCUAAACAAAAUUGAAGUAUCCUUAGGGCACAAUUUUGAGACAUUUUAGUAUCUGUAUAUAGUGCAUAUAAUAAAUCCAAUUAAACAUUAUUUGAUACAUAUUUAACUUUUUUGGCUGUAGGUAAUUCAGUCAUAAGUAAGCAUUUUCUAACGUCCAUUAUAUCCCUUUAGAUAUUACUUAAACCAAUAUUAUAAGUAGAUAACAUGUAUUAGUAUUUUUGUCUGUAUGUCCUAGCACUGUUCAAUGACAAAAUUUUCUAGUUCUUGUUAAUUUUUAUUUGUUAUACAAUGGAAGCACAAUGUUAUAAGGAAAGGUAAUUUUAAGCUAACAACCAGUGCACAGCCUCAGGUUUUAAAUUACAACCACAGUUGAAUAAUAACCUAAAAAUAAAGUCUUAGUUUGCUAAAAAUUUACAAAUUUUAAUUUGGCAGUUCCAGAGCUGCUUACCUAUGUUGGUUUGCCAAAAAGAAGUGUUUAAGAUAUGUUUUCUGUAUAAAUGAACUAAUUCUUUAUAUUAAAUUCCUGUCUAUGCAUUUUGUGAGGUACAAACUUAUGAAACAGUGAGUGAUGGAGAAUUUCUGCCAUGCUUUCAACUCCAAGGUGAAGAAAGUCUCUUUCUCUGGAUUAUUUUGAAAUUUUGAUGUAUUUAACCAUUAUGAACUGCUGUAUUCUUAAAUAUGAUGCAGAGUUGAUCUAAAGUCAUUAUUUCUUCUAGUAAAAUACAAUAUUGCUAGAAUAGUUCUCUUUAAAUUUAUUAUAUGCUAAAGAAUAAAAUCCAGUUAGAUUAAAAAAAAAUAUUUUCCCAUUUACAAGCAUUGCACCUUUAAGAAGAACAAUAUGAUGAAAUGGUAGCUACACUUGUGAUGUCUGACAGCAUGAUGGCCUAGGGUUUUUCAAAUAAUAUCUUGGAAUUUAUUUUUGAGGAAUGAGAAUGGUUGAGUACAACAUCGUGUAUUAAUAUCGAAUGAAAGACAAGGGUGCUGUAUCUUAGAUUAUUUAUCAAAAAAGUAUAAAUCUUUAAAGGACAAUGUUAGAAUUUUAAGUUGUUUUUUUUUUCCUUUUGAUUGUCGAAGCAUUUAUCUUGUUGAUUUCUUACAAAAGACAAAGGACGAUGUCAGUCAAGCAGCACUUUUUCAAAAUAUACAGAACAUAAAUAAUAUGAUGUGGUUGAGUGUUAACAUAAUAAAUCAUAUACAGUAUGA